AUGUCAUCUUCCACCUACAGGAGUCGGAGUUGGAUGAGAUACAGUGAUGACAGUGACACGGAAGAAGUGGAUAUUGAACAUAUUCUACUUCCUCAAGCCCCACAUCGUCCAUCAGAAAAAGCCCAAGAUGUUGGGACUGCCAAUGUCGCGGGCAAAAAGCCCCCACCAGCGAAGGGAGCAGCAGGGGGGGUGAAGAAAAAGCCCAAAGCUUCCGACGGCACCAAGACGAAGAAGCCGCCCCCGAAGGCCUCCCAGGAGGAAGAAGAGGCUCUUAACAACGACACGUUACCUGGAGUCGAAGGAACCGACUGGAACGCUGGAAAUUUCUUAGGAGGGAAAUCUCAGGUCAACAGCAGCGGGUAUUUCUACGGACUCCAUCAUCUCAUCAACUUGAAUAUGGUCACCGUCAGACGCACCACGAGUGAGACCUACACAGUGAAGGACCCUCUGGGGACUGUCCUAUACUACGCCAGUACUCCGAUCGAGUACGAAACCUCCUGCUGUGGGUACGGAAGCGCCUUCGUCACCGGAACCAACUUCACCGUCACCACCGCCUCUUACCAACAGGUUCUUAGCAUGAAGAAGGUCGAGAGGAACUUCUGCUUCCUUCCAGUGCAUUCCGCAUGGAAAAUAAAACUAACGCACACGGCCAUCCUGGGACUGAUGGAAGACAGCCACAGGUACACCAAUUAUCACCUGCUCAAAUGGAUGCCAGGUAGAACACUGUGUAUCGUGAGACGGACGUAUUUCAACCAGUCGACGGGUGAUCGUCAUUAUAAGGUUAUACCAUCUAUGUACCCGAGCGAUUAUGGAAGCAUCAUGUUCACGAAGUCCAAAGGAAUCAUCGUACAUUUCCCCAAAGGAUUCGAUAUUCCGGGCCGGGCUCUCUUAUUAUCCGGAGCCAUCAUUCUGCAAUAUCAAAUAGAAGGCGAGAGGAGACACACCGUUGCCGCUGGAAGGGCUUAUUACAGACCUCCCCCAGUGGUGCGACCCGGUUUCUUCGCCUGGGGAGGAUUCCCCAGGGGCAUGGGCAUGGUGGCAUACCCCGCGGUUGCGAAUGGAUAUCCUCCCGCGGUAGGAGGGGCGUACGGUGGUGGGGGAGGUGUUGGUGGAGGCAUAUUCGCCGGAGGAGGAGGUGGAUAUUAUGGGGGAGGUGUUUGGUAAAGUUUUUUAUUUUUUUUUUUUAAUAAAAGAUCAAAGGAAACGAUUCCGUGGAGAUGCAUCACAAGAUAUGCAUACAAACGUAUAUCAUUUAUAUAAUACAUGUGUAUAUCAACAGAGUACAUAGCCAGGAGGAAAUUCAA